AUGGUGGUGGAGGAGGAGGAGGAGCAGGGAGAUUACUUCAAACAAAGCACACACAUGCCGUUUUAUAAAUGCGCUUCGUUAGAGAUCCCAUUUUGCGUGGCCCAACAGUUGUCCUUUGAUCUUACCGCUGGGAAAUCGUUGGUCGUGUCGAGAGCUCUGAGUCAGCAGCAGGCUGAGCAGAGGGGACUUGUGGAAAUGUCUGCCACGGUCCUCUACGCAGCCGCCUCACACCGUGACAAAUUUGGCUUUAAUCUAAAAGCACCAUUGCAGGAGCAACAAAACUGCAAACGCUUGGCGUCGGCUGCAAGGCAGACGGUGCUGGCCUGGACACGCGUGACUAACCCAAACCCCCACCGCCACCGCGCCCGCCACUACCCCCCUCCCGGUGUGGAGAAUCGCCCGUCGCCCCUCAGCCCACCCACGAAGCCGAAAAAGAGAGUGGCGGCGGAACCUCCUGUUGCUGCUGCCGAUGCUUCUUCUACGUCUUAUUCUCCCUUCUCGCUAUCUCUUGCCUUCGUCUAA